AUGGGAGGUGAAGGUGGAGAAGAAAGACCCUACCGAUCACACGUCAGACCAGCAUGUAAUGCUUGCCGGCGACGAAAAUCGCGCUGCACAAUCGAAGCCCACUCGUCGGCAUGCAUGACCUGCCGCGCCCACGGCACAGAGUGUUCAUUCCCAGCCGAGAAGCGACGGAAAACAUCACACAGGGCACCUCAAAGAGCUCAGGCUAGUAGAGCUACAGAAUUAUCGGUGGAAUCGAGCAGCCAACCCCCAGCUCAAAAUGCCAUACUAUCCCCUAAUAUCACCGCCGUGCAACCGCUCCCCGUCUCUGAUAUUCCCUUUUCUACAAGCACAUCCUCGCAUCACAUUAAUCUCGACUGGAAACAAUGUCAAGCUGUGCAAGGUACGCCCAUGUCAUUAGAAGCAGACGAUGACAACCCACAUAUUCUUGGCCCGGCCGUCAUGGGCGAUAGCCACAUCCUAGCAGACUAUCUAUCCAGCAUUCCAGGAAAUCGAGGGAUGCGAGCCAUUCGCCCAGUGGAGCUUGGCAGCUCAUCAUUUCCAAUCGUCUUCACAAAAGUGCAAAAGCGGCCUUUGGGUAUGAUGCUCAACUCGAAUCCUGCGCUGCAUAAGCUGCAGGUAAUCGAGAAGCUCAUUGAGCCUUGGGAUCUACACCUAGUUGACAUGUAUCUCGAGAAAGUCAACCCAUGCUUUCCUCUACUGGAUGAGAAUACAUUCCGCGAACAGUUUAUUAAUGCCAGAGACCGCAUCUCUCCUGCUUUGCUCUCCUGUUUAUAUGGGCAUAUGCUGGUUUUUUGGAGGCAUGAUCCGGAGCUAUCUCAGGUGCGAUAUCCAGACAUUCGGUUCAUCUGGAACCUGGCUUGUGAGGCUCUAUACUCCGAACUACAUCUGUCACCUGGAAUGUCUACCAUUACUGCGAUUCUUCUCAAUAUCGGUGGCCGCCCGACUACUUCUAUGAUCGGGAAUGGAAUUCAACUAGGGUCGGCAAUCGCUCUUUGCUAUUCACUGGGAUUGAAUCGAAAUCCACUCCCGUGGGACAUACCACAAGCGGAGAAACACUUGAGGAUGAAAAUUUGGUGGUCGAUGCUCAUCCAUGAUCGCUGGUCGAGUCUUGCAUAUGGCACACCACCUCACAUCAGACGGACCCAAUACGACGUACCCAUCCCGACAGAAGAACAUCUCCCUGUUCGUGAACAACACAGAAAGGCGCACGAUAUUUUCAUAGCUCUCGUUUGUCUAACGGAAGUUCUUGAUCUUUGCCUCGAGCACGUCUACGCCAUCAGUCUGGAUGUACCGGAGCGAAACCUUGAUCUAGAGCUGAACAAAUGGAUCGAUACCCUGACAGGAGACGUCCGCAAGAUCGUCACUCGAGGGAUAGGUCUCAGAAUCCCAGGUGCCUCUAAUCUACGUCUCGCCUAUCUCGCUGUCAGACUUCUUCUACGGAGGAUCUACCUAGACAGAGAGAGACAAAACCCCGCUUACAAUGCCGAGAAACUAGCAAAUCAAAUCAUGGAUGCUCGGCGUAUAGCAGAAGACAUUGUGAUCUUGGUUCAGGAACUUGAGCCGCCUCAAUUAGGGGAUUUCUGGCUUCCGGUGUCUGCAUUUACUUUCGUUUCAACCGUCACUUUCUUGAUACGCUGCGCUCUUGAAACGGAACAGUCGGGUACUGGGCUUUCCCAAAGUACUUCUCUUAAAAUGGCAGAUGACUUUUUGUCUUCUCUGAGAUCGCAUCAAGAGAAUUUUGGGUGGGAUCUUGUGGAUAUUUGUCUAGCGCAGCACUCGGAACUGGUUGGAAGACUCCGGGCUGCUCCACCUACGAGUGUGCCGUUAGAUGAUUCCACUAUAGAAACGCGGCAACAGUUCAUCCCAGAUACCGAGUUUAUAGAUGCCUUGUUUCCGAGUAUUUGGGAUACGUUGCAAAGCAUGUGA